AUGAGCUGGUAUAUCAAGAAAUUACUGAGGCUGAGACAUUUCAUGGAUGAGGAUAGCUUGAUGCUAGCUGUUAAGAGAGGUAAAUUCCAUAGUAAACAUUUCUAUUCUUCUCUUGUUUCUGCGCAAUCUGUGGGUUUUGCUGAAACAGUUUGGAACAAGAUUAUUAUGCCUAAGCACAGGUUCAUUUACUGGCAAAUUUUUAAUAAUCAACUGCUUACUAGAGACCACUUGAGCCGGUUUAUACAUAUUACCUCUGUUCUCUGCUCUGUGUGUGAUUCUGGCGUAGAAACACAUAGUCAUUUGUUUAUGGAGUGUCUAUAUUCCAGGAGAGUGUAUGAGGAAAUUGGUAGAUGGCUGGGUGUUUUCCAUUGGCCUGAAUCUUAUGAGGAGCUUACUCAUUGGUGUUUAUUGGCAAAACAUAGCUUGAAGAAUCAGAUAAUCAAUGCUGUUAUAGCAGCUUCCUGGUACUUCAUUUGGCACAACAGAAACUGUUGCAUUUUCGAUUCAAUUUGUAAAAUGGCCAGUAGCCUCAGUUUGGAAGUCAAAGAAGUAGUUAAGUAUAGAGUUUUGAGUUGGGGUUCUUUCUCUCAUCACAAAAAGGAUGUAUAUUUACGCCAAAUUGUAGAAAAUUGGUAG